AUGACACAGAAGGUCCCGCCCCCGGGCGAGGCCGGCAUGCCGGGCAACCGCCUGGACCUCGGGCAAUUUGUCAUGCCGAAGGCACUGGCGGCCCUGGCCGGGGCCAUCGCCGCCGGGCCGCGACACGCGUCGCCGGAGUCCGUGACCGGUGUCCAGCCGUCGGCCCUGGGCUGGCUGGCGGCCACGAGCCAAGUCCCCGGGCCUUUCGGAGCGCUGGCCACCUUCGCGCCGACCUCGCUGGGGAAUGUCAGCCCGCGGCAUGCAACCACGCCCGGGGUCCAGCAGACCGGGCCGGUGGCGGGCCUCGGCACCGGGGCCGGUGCCGUGGCACAUGAGGCGGCCGCCGCGGCCCGGCGCAUCCUCGAAGACCCAGCUCGGGGGAUCCUGCGCCGGGUGGCCGGCUUCAAUGGGGUCCCCCCGGGGCCGGCCCCACGGAACCGGCUGCUCAUCGACCCGGGCCCGGUGGCGGCGGCCGAGCCGGCCGAGGCGCCGGAAAUCCUGUUCCACCCGCGCCAGACCCCGGCCGCGGGGGACGCCCAUGCGCCGAUCUCCCCGGUGGAGGUGGCCGCCGCGCGUGCCGGCGACGGCGGCGGCCCCCCUCGGGAGACCGGGCUGCGGUCCCGCCGGCCGGCUGCCGGCGGGCUGUCCCUCUCCUCCAUGCACCUGGCGGCCGACGGGUCGGCCACCUUGUCCAUCGAUGGGGCCGCCCUUUCGUCGGAUGGGGAUGACGCGGCGGACCCGUCGGUCGCGCGGGCGAACGACCACCACCUGACGGCCAUCGUGCCAUUCAUGUCCUCGGCCUACACGCCGAACUGGCUGAUCCGCCUGGCGCAAUUCACGGCCAGCCCGGCCGGCCAGCAGCCGGCCCGGCCGUCGGCCGAGCUCCAGGCCCCGAAUGAGUCCUGCCACCAGUGCGCCCGUCGGGAGCCGCGCCCCGGCCGGCCGGCCGUGCGGAGCGGCUCCACCGGUGACCUGGUCGACCCGCUGCCGCUUGUCCGAGUGGAGCUGGCCGACAUCGCCAGCUGUGGCGGCCUGCGCCUGGACUUGGAGAUGGGCGCCGCGCUGGCGUCCUUCCUGCCGCCGAUGGGUGGCGAGGCGUCCAUCGACGGGCCGGGUGCCGUGGUCGGCCCUGGGCAGAGUGUGCCCUGCCCGUCGCUGGCCUGGGGCGGCCGCAGCGCGGCCCCGGGGGCCGACCCCGAUGCGGCCGACCAGCUGGUGGCCUCGAUCCUGGUGGAAACCAACGCCCCGGCUCCCGGGGAGGAUGGAUUCUGCCGUGAGCGUUUCCGCCAAUUGAAGACCAUCCAAACCUUCUCCCAGAGCCGGAAUAUGUCGGCCCUGCUGGAGGCCCCGGCCAAGGGCGGGCUCUUUGACGUGCGCGUGGUCCUGCGCCUGCCGCUGCCGGGGAUCCUGGCCGAGGCGCUGCGCGUGCGCGGCAUCGCCGUGGAGGACUGGCCCGCGGCCGGGGGCGAGUGUCCCGGCGGGCACCUGCGGCCGGGGUGGCUGCGAGUGGCCACGCACCAUGGCCGGAUCCAGCUGCUGGACCAGAUGCGCCGGAUCGCGGCCCCGGAGCCGGGGCCCCUGCUGAGCGGGCCAUCCGGGCCCCUGUGGGACGCCCACGGCCCGGAGGCGCCGCUCAGCCACCAGCGCAUUGUCACGGUGCUGCCGGGGCCGCUGCAGGCGUACCCGGUGUCGGAGGGCCUGUUGCUGGCCCUCGACGAGCAUCCGGUGGCCGAGGCCCGUGGCAGUGGGGACGACCAUGGGCGUGGCGGCCAGCCGCCGGCCGGGGCGGCCGCACCCGCCGGCAUUGCCCAUGGCGCCGACGGGGCGGACGCCCCCUUCCGCAGUCCGCGCAUGUCCACCUUCGCCGAGUAUCUGCCCUCCUUCGUGAGCCAGCUGCGCUCCUUCACGGCCACCAUCGGUGGCGGCGGCGGCGGCGGCCACACGGACGGGGCCAGCACCAGCGCCAGCACCAGCGCCAGCACCAGCGCCAGCACCAGCGCCAGCUCGGACACCAUGUUCUCGGCCGUGUCGGGCUGCGGGUCGGCCGAUGUCGGCGCCCCGGGUGGUCCGGCGCGCGGCCGGCCGGCGGCCAACGGCCCGGUGGCCACGGCGGCCAUCCUGCGCAAUGCGCACCUCUGGCAGCCCUUCGAGGCGGCGGCCGGCAGCCCGACCGCCGGCGGCGGUGACGAUGCCUGGUGGCAUGGCCAGCUGGCGGCCGCGGCUCAGGCGGCCCCGGGUUUCUUCGAGAACCUCGCCGGCCGGCAGAAGGCCGGGCCAGCGGCGCCGGACGAGCUUGCGAGCCUCGAGCCCGGCGUCCAGUGGCUCCUGCAGAUGGCCAGCCUCCGGCGGGCCGGCUACACGGCGGUGCACUUUGCGCCUCUGCAGCUCCGCGGCCCCUCGGACUCGGCCUACUCGCUGGCGGACCACUUGCGCCUGGAUCCGUCGGUGGUGGCGGUGCUGCGGCGGGCACCGGCCGAGGGGGCGCCCCAGCCCCCGACGGCGGCCGGGCUCGGCUUCCAGGCCAGUGCGGCCAUCCUCCGGCAGAUGACCCAGCGCCUGGCGCGGGUGUGCGGCCUGCGCGCCUGCACCGAUGUCGUGUGGAACCACGCGGCGGCGCCGCCCUUCCGGCCGAUCUCCACCGACCUGGCGGUCAUGCCGGUGGCCGACCGCCGGGUGACCCCCUCCGGGCCGCUGUCCCCCAACCAGGGCAUCGACCAUGUGUACCGGAUCCUCAGCCCGGAGCUCCAGGCCGAGGCCAACCUGCACGACAUCGACCUGGACUGCCCGCCGGUGGGGGCCGGCCCCGGGGGUGGGCAGCCACGCGCCGGGGCCGUGUGGCUGCGGGAAAACCCGGACGCCAGCUGGAAUUUGUGGACCGCCCCGUGGCUGCGCCCGGCCUGGGAGCUGGACCGCGCCAUCAUCCGCUGGUCGGCCCGCAACCCGGGGGCCAUCACGCACGAGGACCAGAUCGGCCCGAUGAUGGCCCGCUUCAAGGAGGAGGUCAUCGACCGGCUGCGCCUCUGGGAAUACUAUGUCUACGAUGUGGAGUCCCCCGUCCUGGAGUUCCACCCCUCGCUGACGGCCCUGAGCCAGGGCCCGGACCAGAAGCACACCCUGGUCCCCGGGGAGAUCUGGUGCAAUGAAAUCGCCCUGGCCGAGCGGCUGACCAACCUGAUUUCCGGCUUCUCCAGCCCGAUGAGCAGCCGAUUCCGGAUGGCCGCGUCGGCCGAGAGCCCGGUCGAUGCGACGGACCCGGCGGCCGCGGGGCCUGCCCACCGGCCCGGCAUGGGCGACGCCCCGGGCGCAGGGUCGCACGACCACCUGCUCAUGGUGUUCGAGCGGACCUGCACCGGCGAGGCCCGGCCGCUGGCGGUCGAUGGCAUGGGGUCCGGCGGGUCGCACGUGUCGCGGCGCUUUGCCCGGCGCAUCGACUGCCGGGCGCUGGCCGUGGCCGCCGGCGCCAGCGGCGUCAAUCUCUCCCAGAACCACAUCGCCACGGCCACGCGGGCCAUCCGCCGGGCCAUCGCCAAUCUCAACUUGCCGCUGUACCACUCGUACGAGGCGGACAUCCUGCGCGCGGCGCCGACGGCCAUCGCCAACCGCCUGCGGUACGAGCGCCUGGAUCCGCACGGGCCGCGCCUGCCGGCGGAGAUUUCCCAGCGCCACCCGAUGGUGUCGCCCUACUUCUCGGCCUGGCGCGGGCCGUACACCGGCCAGCCGAAGUGCGCCACCGGCCCGGCCAUCUGCACCCGGUGGUGGGUGGAGGCCGACUGCCAGGGGUACUCCGACGAGCUGGCCCUCAUCCCGGAUUGCAUGAUCCAGGCCAACAACGGCUGGGUGUGGGGGGCGUCCGGGUCCGACGGGCGGGACUUUGUCGAGCGCGCCGGCGGCUCGGCCUACCUCCGGCGCGAGGUCAUUGUCUGGAGCGACUGCAUCAAGCUGCGCUAUGGCGAGGGGCCGAAGGACUGCCCAUUCCUGUGGAACUACAUGAGGGUGUACACCAAGUCCAUGGCCAGUGCCUUCGACAUGUUCCGCAUCGACAACUGCCAUAGCACGCCGCGGCAUGUGGCGGAGUACCUGCUGGACCAGGCGCGCCAGGUGAACCCCGGGAUCCGGGUCAUCGCCGAGCUCUUCACCGGGCGGGCGUCGGCCGACCGGGCGUAUGCCGCGCGGCUGGGCCUGGACGCGCUGGUGCGCGAGGCGGCCCAGGCGCGCAGCACGCCGGACCUCAUGCGCCUGCUCGGCGAGGCCAUGGCCUCGGGCAUGGGCGACGGGCACCUCGGCUACCCGGGCUACUGGUCGCUGCUGACCCAAGUCACCCCGACCGCCAUCCUGGCGGACCAGACGCAUGACAACGAUGUGCCGACCGACCCGCGCAUGCAGCUGGCCAAGGCGGCCCUGGUGUCGCUGGUCGGCGGGCGCGGGCCGCGCGCCAGCGUCAUCGGCGCCGACCGGCUGUUUUCCCGGCGCAUUGAGGUGUGCGGCGAGCGGACGAAGUACCCCGUGGUGACAUCCCUCGCGGCCCUGGAGCCCGUCAAAUCCAAGCUCAUGCGGCUCUUCGCCCGGCUGGCCCCUUGCCGGGAUUCCGGCGUCCACGCCGUGGGGAACUGGGCCACGUCGGUGGCCCAGCGCGGGGAGUUCAUCGUCAUUCGCCGGUGGCGGCGCGAGGCCCCGGCCUGCAUGGCGGCCAAGUGCCGCGGGAUGUGCAACGAGCCGGACGGCCCGAUGACCGGGGGUGCGGACGAUGAAUUCGCCGUGACCUGUGCCUCGGCCUUUGUGCUGGUGGCCCGGCCGGCCUUCGGCGAUGGGUUUGACCAGACGCCGGACCAUCAUGUCAGCGCGGACAUCCCCCUGGAGCAGACCGGCUUCCAGCCGGUCAUGAUGUCCUGGGUGGAGCUGGACACCGACAGGCGGCGCAAGUGGCUCGAGGCCCAGGCGGCGGCCGGCGGGCAUGGCCCCAUCGGCCCGGUGGACUGGGCCCGCGUGCAUGAUCUUGGCAUGCAGAAGAUCUGGGAUGAGGACCGCCUGCACAUGCACGAGGAGAAGGGCGGCCUCUUCACGCGGAUCACCUCGAUGCGCCUGCCGCCGGGCGGUGUGCUGCUCCUGCGCGCCCCGGUCAAGCUCUACCUGGACCGGGAGGAUGCCAAUCCGGCGGCCAGCCCCGAGCACCUGGUCCCGGUGCCGGUGCACCCGCCGACCCCCUGUCCUUGGACCAGCUUCGAUGAGUGUUUCCCGGAAUUGGGCGGCGUCGCCGGCCCGGUGGAGGAGGCCUGCUCGCGGCUGAGCCUCACCGCCCUGAAUCUGGUCCUGUACCGGUGUGACAAGGAGGAGCGCGAUCUGAUCGACCCCUCGUACGGGGCGUACGAGGUGCCGGGCAUGGGCUACGGGUCGCCCAGCCGGGCGCUCAUCUACUGCGGCCUGCAGGGGAUGAUCGACGCGCUGCUCUACCCGGGGGACAUCUACCCCUACUCGUCGGAGGCGUAUGGCCGGGCGACGCCGAUCAGCGGCCAGCCGCGGCCGUACCUGUCACUGACGCAGGAGUGGCGCGACGAUUUGCUGAUGUACCCGGACGACGGGGUGGACGAGGCGGCCCGGGCGGAUGGGCUGGUGCGGGCCACGCACUACCAUGUCAGCCGCGGCCGGUGGAUGGCCCGGCACCUGGUGGACCGGAUCCGCCGGUGCGCGGCCGUGCUGCUGGACGAAUCGCUGGCCCUCGUGCGGACGGAGGACCUCCCGGCGCCGGCCGGUGGCGAGGCCGAGGCGGAGCAAUUUUCCAUCGGGGCCGGGGCGCCGGAGGGCGACGCCCGGGCCGACGCCCGGGCCCUGCUGCGGCUGGCGGACGCCCUGGCGUACGGCUGGCGGACGCUGGCCGAUGCGGAGUUCGACGCGGGGGCCGGCGGCGGGGCCCGGCACGGGCUGUGGAUCCACCGGCGCCAGGCGGGCCGGCUCUUUUUGAACAGCGUGCGGGCCCUGCACCGGCGCUGCGUGGACCGCUGCUUUGAGGCCAUGUCGCCGUGGGUGCGCCAGUCGCCGGACCCGCUGGUCCGGGCCCUGGCCCUGACCUCGGUGCAGCUGGUGGGCUGGACGCGCACCGGGGGCCUGCCGGUGCCGGUGGAGCGCGGCCCGGAUGGGGCGGUGCUGGCCGGGACCGCGGACGCCGGGCCGGUGGCCGGCACGCCGGCCAUCCGCUUUGCCCCGAGCAUGGCCGCCGGGUUGCCGCACUUCGCCACGGAGUACCUGCGGGUGUGGGGGCGCGAUGUGCUGAUCUCCUUCCGCGGGCUGCUGCUGCUGCUGGGCCGCAUGCGCGCGGCGCGCGAUCACCUGCUGGCCAUCGCGUCGCUCCUGCGGCACGGGCUGAUCCCCAACCUGGCGGAUGGCGGCCGCCGGCCGCGGUACAACUGCCGCGAUGCCUCCUGGUGGCUGCCGUACGCCGUGUCGCAGACGGUCGUGGCCCGGGCCCUGCUCAUGCACUGGCAGGGGAGCCUGUCCGCGGGGCCGGGCGCCGAGCCCCGGGGCCCGGGGCUGGACGCGUCCUUCCUCCGGGCCCUGGAAAGCAGCUGGCAUGGGCUGGGCCCGGCCGGGCGGGUGCCCUUCCUGCAGCGCGCCGCCCGGGAGGUGCUCGGGUGGCGGGUGUGGCGGCGCUUCGCCGAUGACGACCUGGACCCGGACUGGCCGGAGGGCGCGCGCCUGGCCCCGGAGCCCACCCCCCUGGGGGAGAUCCUGGUGGAGAUCGUGACCCGGCAUGCGGCCGGGACCAUCCAAUUCCGGGAGCGCCGCGCCGGUGGCCAGAUCGACGACCGGAUGCACGGGCCCGGCUUCAAUGUCGAGGCGUAUGUCGACUGGCGCACCGGGCUGGUGGCCGGCGGGAAUCGCCUCAACGCCGGGACCUGGAUGGACAAGAUGGGCGAGUCGGCGCGGUGGGGCACGCGCGGGGUGCCGGCCACCCCGCGCGACGGGGCCGCCAUCGAGCUGGCCGGCUUGUCGUAUGCCACCCUGCGGUUCCUGGCCUUUGCCCACCGGUGCGGGGCCAUCCGGGUGGAUGGCGUGCCGGCGUGCGUGGUCCGGCCGGAGGCGGCCCUGGCCGCCGGGCUGCCCGCGGCCCUGGCCCGGCCGCUGCCGGAGCCGGUGCAAUUGCGCGUGGACAACAUCCUCGGCCGGCUGGAGGCGCUGCCGGGCGAGUGGCAGCCGCCGGCCGCCUGGCGCCGGCACCAGCUCCUCGGGGCCCGGCGCUGGCGGUCGACCGCCGAGUACCAGGACCUGUGGCAGGAGGGCCGGGCCCCGGGCCAGGAUGCCGGCCGGGGGGAUGACGGCGGCGGCCGGCCAGCCGACAAGAAGGCCCGCCCGGCCGAGGGCCAUGCCCCGGGCGUGGGCAUGCCGGCCCCGGGGUCGGCGUCACUGGCGCCGCCGCCGUCGCCGCCGCCGCCGCUGGCCGGCUGGGUCCCGUCCAAUGUCCGCCGACUGUGGGAGGAGGGCCGCCGGGCGGCCGGGGUCGCGGACGACCUGACCGACAACCCGGCCACCUGGCAUGCGGAGCGCGUGCCGAUCGGGCCGCCGGCCAGCGCGACCGGGUCGCUGGGCGGCGGCAUGGCGCCCACGGCCACGCCGCCGACCACGCCGCCGCCGCUGGCGGCCGGCCCGCCGGGCAUCGGCCGGAUCGACACCACCGGCAGCUCGGAAGACCCGGACCGGUGCCCGCUGCAGGGGCGCUGGCUGUGGGUGCCCUUCGUGGAGUGGUGCCGGCUGCUGGAGGUGACCUUCGAGGCGUGCUUCUGGGUGCCGGCCGAGCCGGCGGACGACGGGGCGUACAUGGUGGACGCGCGGUUUGUCCACCGGCGGGGCAUCUACAAGGACACCUUCGGCUCGUGCGAUGGCUGGGGCGAUUACCAGCUCCGGCCCAAUGUGUCGGUGGCCAUGGCCGUGGCGCCGGACCUCUUCCAGCCGAAUCACGCGCUGGUCGGGCUGAAUGCCACGGCGGCCAUCCUCCGGCCGAAGCCCGGCCAGCCGACCAGCCUCAAUGCCCAGACGGCGGCGGCGCUGGCGGCCAGCACCCGCGGCCGGGGCGAGGCCGCCCGCGCCGCGCGCAUCCAAUCCGGCGCCUACACCCACGACCAGUGGAUCCUCCGGUCGGGCACCGGCAUGCGCACGCUGGACCCGGCCGACUGGCGCUUCCGGCCCUUCUACCUGGGCAGCGAGGGGGCCACCGGGGACCCCUUCGUCGACGGGGGCUUCAACUAUCACCAGGGUCCGGAGUGGCUCUGGCCCACCGGCUUCUUCUGGCUGUCGGCCAUCAAGUUCGACCCGGUCCUGGUGGCCCCCUCGCACGCGGGCAAGAACCGGCGCAUCUCGAGCCCGGUGCAGCGCGCCAUCCGCAUGUACCUGCCCGGGGAGUCGGGGCUCUCGCCGUCCGGCUCGUCGUCUGGCUUCGAGGCCACCACCCCGGCCGAGGAGGACGCGCACCUCGGGCAGUUCGGCCUCUCGCGCGCGGACCUGGUGGGCCAGCUGCGCGCCGGCUACACCGGGACCGACUGCGCGCAGGCCAUCGACGAGACGGCCGCGCUGAACCUCUCGCGCUCGUUCCGUCGCGCGCGGCGCACGCUCAUCAUGCGCAGCCACCGGGCGCACAUGUUCAUCCCGCCGACCGAGGACCACAGCCCGGCCGCCGCGGCCGGGGCCCUGCAGACCGACUGGCGCUGGCACGGGCUGCCGGAGCUGACCAACCUGUCCGGCCAUCCGGCCACGCCGCUCUCCUGCCCGACCCAGGCCUGGAGCUCGGCCCUGGCGCUGGAGGCCUCGAUGGAGGCCUGGGGCGCCGGGCUGCACAUGACCUACUGGUGAGGCGCGCGAGCGCGCACGGCGCACUAGAAAUGCCCCACGCCUGGCUGGGCAUUCGCCCGCGCUGUGGCCCUGCUGUGCCGGUCCGGCCGCCGGGCGUACGCCAGCCACCCUUGUCUUCUUGCCUGCGCCCUCCGGGGGGGGGGG